ACAUUUUCCUCUAUAACCGUUUUGUGUUUUCUUCACUCGAAACUUUGACAAGGAGUUAUGAGUUCUUUCUUUGCUUAUCAUCGUCCCCCCCCCCCCAAACAGAGAGUUCCCUCCUUUUACUCUCCAAUGUUUGGCUCCUCCUAGUUCCUUGCGGUCUCUCCUGCCUUCAAGUGGGUCUCUCAGGUGGUCUCCUUUUGGUUCCUUACGGUCUCUCCGGUGGUCCGUCCGGCGCUCACCUCUUCCAAGGUGCGUUCUUUUUCACUUUCGGUUCACCUCUCUUCGCACUCCCAGUGUCCCGUGGCGGUGACCCAUUCUCAACCAAUUGAUACUGGUAGCUUUCAAAUUUCUCAACCACCAAGUCCAUAUUGAAUGCUCCAGGAUGAUGGGGAACAUGAACUGCCUAUAAAUGUUACAGAGGAUGAUGUGCCAAGCAAUCUUUUUGAUUCCACUGGAGAGUUACAACCCUGUCUUGUUAUAUUGGACAAUGAGGAAUCGGACGAUGACGAACAAGAUAUUUAUUCAGAUAGUGAGCCUGAAUUCGAUGAUUAUGAGAGUCCAGAGGAAGGCGUACUGGUAGUGAUGGUAAUGUCGGUAGAGGUCGAGUUACAGGCCGUGGUGGCAGAGGAGGUAGGACGACAUCAUUUACCCCCUUUGGUAAGUCGUACAACUUCCUCAUCCCUCCCUCCACUUCGGAUAGGAUCAUCACCAUCUACCAUCGACUUUGUUAUGGGAAGUGCGUGUAUUCCUCACACUCCCACUGACCCGAUGGGGUCGACACAGCAGGUUGCAUCCCCUGCAAGCGAGGUAGGAGAUGCUGCUUCGACACUUCAUUUAGAGUGGGGGAGGUGUGAUCCACAGACUAAACGUAUAUGGGUUCGUCCUUUAGGCACCACAGAGUUCGAACCUUAUGAUGAGAUCAUGGACUUCAUUGAUAAUCAAAUAUUCCGUAAUUUUAAACAUGUAUGGAGCACAUGGAAAGACGUUCCUAAAGACACUCGUCUUGGUUGGAUGAAUGAUUUCUUGAAUCAUUAUAGGUGGUUGCCCGAGGAUCGCCAUAACCUGGCAAGAGCUUGGCAUCACAGAGCCACGACAAUGUUCGCAGAUAAAAUGCAUAAAGUAAGAUAUGACAUCGGCAAAAAUGCAUGGUGUAGUGAAUCAUUAAAAAUCCAAUUGAAAGAAAAAUGGAAAAACUGUCCUAAGUUUCAAAUGAGAUCUGCUCAAAAUAAGGAAAAUAGGGCCAAGCAGGACACACACACAUAUGCUGGAGGGUCGAUUCCAAUCAGCAAGCAUCGACAAAGGAUAGAGGCUUCUAGAGAAGUGCCGCCUGAAAAGGUUGAUUGAGCUACCUUCGAGCGAACUCAUUCCCAACAGCCUGAAGCUGGUUAAAGGCGGUGGUUAGGUCCCAGAACGGAGCUAAUAGCGGUUUGAUCAUUUAUUAUUUGACGUUUGUUUUUUCUAUGAUGAUUUAUGUCAUGUUUUACAUGUCCAUAUGUGUGCUGGUUUUCUUUACUUGCAAGAAAAUUAUCAUAAACUUGAAGAGGAGAGGUCCGCACAGGCGGCGACAGACGGUCAAUCCAGCUCCUCCUAUUCCGAUAAUGGAAACAUGUUGGUUACAGCUGCAGGUGGAUUCAACAAGAAAUGAAGGAUGGUCGGGCUGGGAGGAUAUGCUAGCCAGCUAAAGCCUAGUAAGCGGCCCUCUACCCAGGUUGACAGUGUUUCUGCAGAUGAGCUUAAAAGGAUGAAGGUGUCCCACUCCCAGAUUCAUGAGCAAUUGCAUGCUGCGACAGAGCAGCUAACUCAGCAAGCGAACUUUAUGAAGCAGCACGCUGACAUUAUGAAACAAAUGCAGGAACAACUCCGACUUUUAAUGCAGGACAAGGAAGCCAACUGCAACAAGUCGAAGGGACCGGCGCCGGAUGAUGACCCUGAUGAUGAUGAUGAUGACUUUGCUAAGACUUUAGAGGCAUACUAGUUGUUGUUUGUAUGUUUUACUUCUUUUAGGACUUCAGAGAUAUAUCAGAUAUUUUUUGUAUGUUUUAUUUUGUUUAGAACUUUAGAGACAUUUUAGUUGUAGAUUUGAUGGUUGUUGUUG